CAAACUCCUGCCAGCGACAGCAGACACCCGAGUUUUGACUGGAGCAGGGUGACUCUACCAAGAGACGCGUUUCAGAAAAUGGCAGACGGACGGGUGAGGAGAAGUACAGCACCGCAGCUGCAUAAAAGCCACAGCUUGCGUAAAGGUUUCAAAGGAUACUUCCUACCACUUCUUGGACAAGUCGUUGCACUUUUCAGCGUCGGUGUAUUGUAUGGUCUCCUCAUCUCACAUCUCCACGAUCGCCAACGAAUCGCACCUGUAGCUGUCAACCUGGACCGCUCAAGAUGGAGCUACUUGGCGACCUGGGGCAUUAUGGGCGUACUACUGGGCCAAGCUCUGCCGUACGCCGACAAAUUGUUCUGGUCCGACUCUGAAUCAGCAUUAGAUGACGAAGAGGAGACGGAAGAGGAGGCUGAAAGACGUGAGCUGCGGAAAGCUCGAGGAGCAGAUGGCUGGUUAGACGUGGUGAGGAGUAUUGGUGCAUUUGUGGGGAUCGCAUUCGCUAUCCGGAAAUUGCCAUGGCAGAGCACACUACAGCUCUCACUGACUCUGGCACUCGCAAAUCCCGCUGUCUGGUAUCUGAUUGACAGGUCCUCAUCUGGUUUUGUCCUCUCUACACUGGUUGCACUAGGCGGCACUGCCGUCCUACUCAGCGUAAAUCCGUCUUUGAUACCACAACCGUCACCAGUGGAAGUAAUACAGGAACAUGUAGCACGAACCGGUGGCGUCCUCAACGGCACCAUAGAAGCAUUGAAAGGCGAGGGAUAUGUUCUGGGCAUUUUCACGCAGGAAAGCGUCGGCGUAGCAACCUGGAUUGCGAGCGUAUUAUUUGUAAGCUCCGUAUGUUUUGGAAACAUUGGAAGGAGAUUGAGUCCGGAGCGGCUCUAGAGCGCUCUCGAGUAGCAACUAGUUGAGUCUACAAGAUGCUCACGCAGAGCAUUCGACUAGUCGACCCAGCCUGCAGGUAAACAUUGGUGUGCCUUGCAUGUCCUCUGAAAAGCACCAGAACCAACCAGGCCAAGUCACAAGUCACAACCCUAAUUCUAAGACCCUUCAACUUC